AUGGCGUCCGACAAGAAGAUCAUCCUCAUUACUGGCGCCAAUACCGGCCUCGGCUACGAGAUCGUCAAAGCCCUGUACGCCACAGACGUGCCCUACGAGCUUGUCAUUGGAACACGCAGCCUCUCCAAAGGCGACGAGGCCAUUGCCACUCUGAAGACCGAGGUCCCCAGCUCCCCAUCAACCCUGAGCACCCUGCAGGUGGACCUGGCCUCCGAUGCGUCCCUCGAGGCCGCCGUCAAGACCCUCUCCGAGAAGCACGGCCGCAUCGACGCGCUCGUCAACAACGCGGGCGCCAGCUUCGACGGCACCCUGCGCGACGGGAGUAUGUCGAUCCGCGAGGCCUUCAACGCCAGCUGGGAUGUUAACGUCAGCGGGACCCAAGUGCUGACCACGCUUGCCGUGCCGCUGCUGCUCAAGUCCGCGGACCCGCGGCUGAUGUUCGUCACGUCGGGCACGUCGUCCAUGGCCGAGACGGACCCGGACAACUGGGGGAAUCUGGCGCACCUUCUGGGCCGCAUCAACGCCUCGCCCGAGAAAGGGUGGCCAAAGGACAAGGAGCUCAACCCAAUCACGAGCUACCGGUCCACCAAGGCUGGACUGAACAUGCUCAUGCGGGAGUGGGUGCGAAUCCUCAAGAACGACGGCGUCAAGGUCUGGGCCAUCAGCCCAGGCUUCCUGGCGACGGGGCUCGGGGGUGUCGGCAAGGAGCAGCUGCUCAAGAUGGGGGCUUUGGACCCGUCCGUUGGUGGCCAGUUCAUACGCGAUGUCGUGCAGGGAAAGAGGGACCAGGACACUGGCAAAAUCAUCAGGAAGGACAUGAUACAGUCCUGGUAA